AUGCACCAACGCGCCCUUCUUUUCUCUGCUAUCUUGACGGCCGCUGGCGCCCAGCAAGUAGGAACCCUCACAGAGGAAACACACCCUUCCUUGAGUUGGCAGAAGUGCACUUCCGAGGGCAGUUGCACGGUGCAAAAUGCUUCGGUUGUCAUUGACGCAAACUGGCGCUGGACCCAUUCCGUCAGUGACAGUACCAAUUGCUAUACUGGAAAUACUUGGGAUGCAACCCUUUGCCCCGAUGAUGUGACAUGUGCCACCAACUGCGCGCUGGACGGAGCAGACUACGAGUCGACAUAUGGUAUCACCACUGACGGCGAUGCGUUGACCCUCCAGUUCGUCACCGGCUCCAAUGUGGGCUCACGUCUGUAUCUCAUGGACACGGAAGAUAAGGGUUACCAAACGUUCGACUUGCUAGACGCAGAGUUCACCUUUGAUGUUGAUGUCUCCAACCUGCCAUGUGGCUUGAACGGAGCUCUCUAUUUCACCGCAAUGGACUCCGAUGGAGGUACGGCAAGGUAUCCCGCGAACAAGGCUGGAGCCAAAUAUGGAACGGGAUACUGUGACUCCCAGUGCCCGCGAGACAUGAAGUUCAUUGAUGGACAGGCGAAUGUCGAUGGUUGGGUACCCUCCAGCGACGAUGCGAACACGGGUGUAGGCAACCACGGUUCUUGCUGUCCCGAGAUGGAUAUUUGGGAAGCCAACAAGAUUUCGAAUGCAUUGACGCCCCACCCUUGCGAUAGCAGCGAGCAGACCAUGUGCGAGGGCGACGCUUGCGGCGGUACUUACUCGGCAAACCGCUAUGCAGGUACCUGUGACCCUGACGGUUGCGACUUCAACCCCUACCGCAUGGGUAACACUUCGUUUUUUGGCCCUGGAAAGACCAUCGACACAGCAUCCAAGAUGACGGUCGUGACCCAGUUCAUCACUGGAAGCUCCGGAAACCUUACCGAGAUCAAGCGGUACUACGUGCAGGGCGACAAUGUUAUCGCCAACUCCAAUUCCGAUGUGUCCGGGGUUAGUGGCAACUCGAUUACCUCCGACUUCUGCACAGCCCAGAAGAAGGCCUUCGGUGACACGGAUGAAUUUGCCGCGCACGGUGGAAUGUCCGGGAUGGGGGAUGCGAUGUCCGCCAUGGUUCUUAUCCUGAGUCUGUGGGAUGAUUACUACUCCAGCAUGGAGUGGCUGGAUAGCAACUACCCAGAGAAUGCGACAGUCACAGAGCCGGGUGUGGCCCGCGGCACAUGCGCGUCUGCUGUUGGCGACCCAUCGACCGUCGAGUCGAAGUAUGGCAGUUCUUCCGUGACCUUCUCCAACAUCAAGUUUGGCCCGAUCAACUCGACUUUCAGCGCCACUGCAUAGAUUGGGGAGCCCAGAGACUAGAAUCGAGGGUUCGAAGCGAGCUUGACCGAUCAGGGCAGGUUCCUGAGAAGGGAGGGUGUGUUCAAGCUUGUAUAUAUAGUCGUCAGCGUUGAUAGUCUGGGGAUUUCAUUCCAUUCCGGUCAAUCUGUUCCAAGCAGAAGAAGUCUCUUAGCCCGUAAAUUGAUUGUUCCGCCUUUUACUCUGUUCGAGUCACCCUC